GAUUGGCCUCCCGGUCAGAAAUGCCACGCUGGCGCUGGCACUCGGCCACAGGUUUGGGCCUUGUCUCCAAAUGGUGACUCCUUAACUCCGCACGUCUGCAGAGGGGCCCCAAAAAGCAGCGUGCAGUCACAUAUACACACAGCUGGGAGCGUCCACCCGCCUUCCACCAGCAUGGCGACGUCCUCCCAGUACCGCCAGCUGCUGAGCGACUACGGACCGCCAUCUCUAGGCUACACGCAGGAGGAGAAGCGGGCCCGGGCCCGGGAAAGGGACCGCCUGAAGAAGCGGCGGCGGCGGGAGGACGGGCUGAAGCGCAGCCUGGAGAGGCAGCGCAACGCCCUGGCCAUGAGGCGGUGGCGGGAGCAGCGGCGGGAGGAGUGCGGGGCCACAAGGAGGCGCCGGCAGGAUGCUGAGGACCUGGACCAGGAGAAGAGGAAGGACCUCGAGACGAGGCAGCAGAGGCAGCAGAGAAGGAGGGGGGAGCAGGCGAGGGCCUCCAGGAGGGAAGGCCAAUGCUCUAUCUACCGAGCCAAACUGGCUAGGGCGUCAGAGCCAUUUAAACCAUGUGGAGGCCUGGGUGGUUGGAUGCGGGUCCCAGUUCAGUGCGAGGGUUCUUUGGCUGGUGGUGAAAGGACCCUCUUCCUCCUUCGAAGUCCUCUCUUGGACUGGAUUCCUCUCCCGGACUGGGUUCCUCUCCUGGAUGGGGUCCGGCGGAUGAUCCCAGCCCCUGCCUCUUCUCUUCCAGGCAUCAUCCACGCGAGAGGGCUGGUUCGGGAGUGCUUGGCUGAGACGGAGCGGAACGCCAGGUCCUAGCCUCCGCGUCAGUGCGAAGGCUUUCCAUCUUCUUCCCAGAAGUGACAGCUCAUGCCCCCUAUUCAGAUGAAAAACUUGGCUUCAAAAUGGUAACAGCUUGGUUUCUCCUCCUUGUGCCCCUCCUGGGGUUCGUCAGGCUCCGAACCUCCCGUCGCCGAGAUGGAGAUUUUCGCAGUUAUUAGGUUUACAUGUUAGUUAGGAACUACCCAGGGCGUUUUGUGUUUUUUUAAGCAUUGAUUUACAUGAUGCACGUCAGUUACCUAUCACCGCAAACCGUAGUUGGCCUCCCAGAUACUGGUGUUUCUCUUCUGGAUGCAUUUCUGUUACGUGGUUCUUUGUUUCUCUUCUGAGCUGAUCCAGCUCUGAGGGUUUGUUUCAGCGAGUCCUGCGGCAGCCCUUUAGUAGCCAGUGCGUUCGCCACACACUAUAAAUUCUGCUCAGUGUAACUUUUUUUUUUUUUUUGCUUAAGCAUUUGCAUGACUAUUAGUACUUUGAAAUCCAUCUUUAAAAUGCACAAGUUAUAAAUACAGAAGAAAGAGCAACUUACCGAACCUCAACCUCCAACCUCGCCUGACAAGGACCCCUGAAAUUUUCCCUAAGGAUGUAUGUAGAUUUCAGUUCCGCCUUUCCCAUCAGUGGAUCCAAACAUCUGGAAGAAAGUGACUAAUACUGUUUGCAUCUUUGUAUGUAUUUAUUACUUGAUGUAAUAAAGCUUAUUUUCAUUAACAA